AUGCCUUAUGAGAUAUUAACGGGUGAACAAGAGUAUCAGCUCCCUGCACAGAAGGGGCUCAAGCUCAAUACCUCCUGGGGGGAGAUCGCCAGAUCGCUUAUUAGCGCCGUAGGCCUGGUUGUUGAUGAAGUUGCGAGCGGAACCAUCCUUGCCCAAGGUGUUCAUGUCGGUACUUUGGGCACGCCAGUGAGCGCCGGGGUAGGGAGAACCGGCGAGGUAGGUGGGCAGAAGACGGUAGUCGCCAGGGCCAGCCUUGACAAGCCAGAGGAAACCGGGACCAAACAUGGCGGAGGCUGUGAUGACAAAUUCUCGACGGAGGGUCUCGAUGGAAGAGAACGAAGCCUCGAGUUCGUUGCGGAGAGCAUCGGGCAUGGGGGUGCCGGUCGGGGAGAUACCCUGGAAGAAGAAGUGGUUGUUGUGCGCCAUGGAGGCAUAGUUGAAGAUGGGGGCCUGGUUGGGCUCUCGAGCUGUCAUGAGAGCAAUGGUCUUUGUGUCCUUAUCCUCGAGCUCGGUGCCUGGACGGGUGUAUUUCAAAGCAUUCAACUUCUCCACCAUGAGGUUCAUGUACUGGGUCCAGGCGAGAGAGAAACCUCCAGGGCUCAUAAGGUUGGGAACACCCUCGGAAUAAUUGUGUGGCAGCUCGGGAACAUGAUGGAUCGAACGGCGGGUAUUGACCAUGGGUCGCAUGCCAAGGCCAAAGGCCAGACGAGGAACCCUUAG